CCUUACACGCAUAUCCUCGAGCUCCACAACACCCGCAGUGCACACUGCGCAAUACAGCACAGCACAACGUACCACCGAAUAUCGAACCGCGGAAAGCGCAUAGCGACCCAACAUGUCCAGCCGCUUCGGCCGCGACACCGCGCGCGACGACCUCUUCAGCAGCUACAACCGCUCGGCCUCGCCCUCGAAAUCCAAAAACAAAGCCCGCGCGUCGCCCUAUAACAGCGCCGGGGGCUACGGGCUGCCGGCUCCCUCUGACGGCCCGGGGUUCUCUGCGUAUCCCGGCGCGAGUGCGAAUGGGAAUCUGUACGGAGGGUACGGCGUUGGAGGGUCGGGGGGCAAUGGGAGCAGCGGGAGUGUAGGGGGAUAUAGGAGCGCGACGCCGAAUAGUAGGGGCCAGUAUAAUAGUGCGACGUUGGAUGAGUUGGAGAGUCAGAACGAGGAGCAGACGGGAGUGUUGAUUGGGAAGGUCAAGAUGUUGAAAGAUUUGACACACCUCAUCGGCGACGAAAUCCGCGACUCCACCACCCUGGCCGAGAAAAUGAACGACCAGUUUGAGAACAGCAGGAACAAAGUCAAGGGCACGAUGAACAGAAUGCUCAGGAUGGCGAAGAAGACAGGCGUCGGGUGGAAGGCGUGGGUUGUGUUUUUUGCGGCGCUGGUGUUGCUCUUUUGGUGGGUGUGGUUGGGUUAGCCGUAGCUUGAAGACGGUGGGAAGAGCAAUAUGGAUGGCAGAACGACAUAACGGGUUUGGUAUUGGUGUUGCUCAUGCAUUUGGCGUGGCGUUUGGGCAUUUUGUGUGUGUUGGCUUGGGCAGAACGAGGUAAUGCACGGGAAGGUUACAUGGUGGGUAUAUUGACGGUAUGUGCAUAUACACAAAACCACCAUCACAUGCCUAACACU